AGUUUUACGAAAAUGUUCAAAUAUGCGGUUCUUGUGUGUGUGGUAUUAAAUUCAAUCACGGGGAUAUUUGGACUAUGGGAUCAAGAAACAGAUUGCCCGCUAAUAUGCACCUGCCACUUAGAGCACCUAACAGAAACCGCCAUAUACAGAUUCAUGCAAAAAACCAAAGAAAAACCAGUACCCGGAGAAAUCGGCAACAUAGAAAAUAACGAAAUUCUCAACGAGGACAUCGCCGAUACUUUCGAAAUAUUAGAAGAACACGGCCCCACGAUCAUCCGCUCGGCGAUAUGCAUCCUCCAAACGGAAACCGACCCGCUGCAGCUCCUGGAAACCCUGCCGAAAAACAUCGAGAGCCUCACGAUCAUCCAAGGCUACGAAUCGGGCAACAAAACGAUCAGGACGAGCUCUCUGCGACGGUUCGAGAACCUAAUAACAGUCGAGCUGAUAGGCGCUAACCUUCAGAACCAGCCGCUGAUGAGCCAUCUGAUUUGCGAGAUCGACGUGGCCAUUCCGGACCUGAAGUACCUGAAUUUAGAGCGGAUCUUGAUCAGGAACUCCAAGGAGUACAUCACGGAAAUCCUGAAGCUGGUCAACAUGGAGAACGUGACGUUCGAGUUCUCGCAGAAAUUCGAAAACGCCCCGCACGAGAUCACGUUGGUGCAGAAAAGCAGCAACGACGAGGUCGUGGUGCCUUACGAGGUCUUCAAAAAGGAGCGGGAGGAAAACGGAGAGAUGCCGCUGUUCAUCGGCUUCAAGAAACUAUUAUUACUAAGAAUCAGCAAUUGUAAUAUGCGCAACAUCAACUGGGAAAUGUUCGACGGUUUGCACGAACUCUUGUACCUAAUUUUGGAGAAAAACAGCCUGAAAUUCAUCCCGCCUUUCGCCUUCUACGGCACCCCUAACCUCAAAACUCUCUCUUUGGCGCACAACAACCUAUUAGACAUCCAAAUAACCGAUUUGGCCGGCUUGUUGCAGCUCGAGUACGUCGAUUUCAGCUUCAACAACUUCACGCAACUUUCGGAACUCUCGUUCCCACCGUUUCCGAAGCUGAAGCUGGCGAAUUUCGCGAACAAUCCCAUCAGCGUGAUAUUUUCCAACACGUUCGAGGUCAUGAACACGACCAACUCGCUGAUAAUCGGCAGCGACGCCAUUCCGCUGACUUUGGUCACGAACUCGCUGCUCGGCCUGGAGCAAUUGCGGAAGCUGACGUUGAACAAUUUGAAGAUGGAGCUGCUCAAGCGGGACCUCUUCACCGGCAUGCCGAACUUGGACGAAUUGAUACUGACGGGGAACAUAACGCGAAUUCAAUACGACGCGUUUUUGGAAGUCAAACAGAUCAAAACGCUGGUGUUGAGCAAUUGCCAGAUAGUCAACAUUUCCAUGGACGGGUUUAUUGGUUUGAAUAAAUUGCUGUAUCUGGAUUUGUCUAAGAAUUUGCUGGAAUACGUCCCGCCUGGUACUUUCGAUCAUCUGACCAACAUCAAGGAGUUGUAUUUAAACGGCAACAAGUUCAAAGAACUGCCCAAGGAGAUCUUCUCUAAAAUCCUGCCGAAGUUGCUGCGAUUAAACGACAACCCUUGGCACUGUUCGUGCGAAAUGAGCGACUGGAAGCCGAUGAUAGUCAAUAAAAUCAAACAAAAAUCAGCCCAACCGUGCGACUAUUCGAACGACAAAGGUAUAUCGUGCGGCAAAGACAGCAGAUUCAGCCACAAGUACGUUUACGAGAACAGAAUCGCCCCGAAAUGCUCCGAGCCCGAGCAAUUUGUCAACUGGAACGUGUUCCACGCCAUGAGGAGAAUCCUCAAAUGCGCCGAUUACAAGCCGAAGCUGAGGAAACACAACAAACAUGCAGACGCUUCUCAAAAGUCUUCGGAAAUCACCAUCACGACUGCAUUGCCGGAGUCCUAUCACAAUUUAACCAAGCUGGAGAAACUGAAGUACAAGAUGAUCAAACGCAAGCUCAUGAAGAAGAAGAGGAAGCUCAAGAUGCAGAAACUCCACGACAUGGACAAUGGAAACAUUACGAAUGAAAAUGAAAGCAACAGCUUGGAGACGAAACACGAUUCCCACAGAUCCAACAAACAUGGCGUUAAGCACAGAAAAAUCAAGAAACGUUUGAGAAAAAUUAAGCAAAAAACUGACAUAAGCAAUGAGAUAUAAAUCCCAUUAUUUUUAACUUUAAUUUAUUAAUUCAUUGAUAAUUGUAUGAAACUAAUAGUGGUUUUUGAGUUCUUGCACCAUUGCAAAUAUGUAAUUUACCUUUCUU